GCCGCAGGACGGUUGCCGUUGCCGCCCGGACCACCUGGACGUUGGCUAUUAGGAAAUGCGAUGCCAAAGUCAUCCGUGCCUUUUCAAUUUGCGAGAUGGACAGAACAAUACGGACCUGUGUUCUCGCUCAAACAAGGCCCUAGGAUUUUCGUGAUUAUUGGACGUCAUCAGGCUGCAGUGGAUAUCAUGGAAAAAGAGGGAAUAAAUGUUGCCGACCGCCCACGUUCUGUUGCAGUGCACGAGACGUUGUCUGAAGGGUUCAGAGUGAUCCUUGAGGGCGAUACUGAGAGAUGGCGCCGGAUGCGCAGCAGGAUCUUGCAUGCAAACUUGCAACCUAAGGUUGUGGAGACCCACGGGCCCAUGCAGACCAGGCAUGCGAAAAAUGUGGUUCUGAAUAUCUUAAAUGAUCCAAAGAACCACCAGAGACAUGCCAUGAGUUAUUCGGCUUCCGUGACCAUGUCCAUCACCUACGGAAAAUUUACUCCGACUUCAUCUACAGAUCCUGAAGUCGUUGACAUGAAUAGGUUUUCUGCGCGUCUUGGUCAAGCUGUGAAGCCGGGAGCAUACCUUGUGGAUGCGUAUCCGAUCCUGCGUUUCGUACCAGGCUACCUGAGUCAGCUGAAGGCAUGGAACAGAGAAGAAAUGGUUUUCUAUAACGAGCAGUUAAACGUAGUGCGAAGACAGAUGCGUGAGGGGAAUGCAAGGCCAUCCUUUGCGAGGUUCAUGUUAGAGAACCAGAAACAGUACCAGAUCGGAGAUAAGGAACUGGCAUUCCUUGGAGGAGUGAUGUUUGGGGCCGGUACUGAUGCGACUACGUCCGCAAUCACAAUUAUGAUGAUGGCUGCUGCCACUCAUACAGAUGCGCAGGCUCGCGUACAAGAGGAACUUGAUAACGUCGUGGGGCGUACGCGGCUGCCGACGUUUGACGAUCAGGAAACGCUGCCGCAGGUUACCGCGUUCAUGCUCGAGAGUCUCAGGUGGAGACCUGUCAGUUUUGGAGGCUUUGCGCAUCGCGCGAGUAAGGACAUCAUUUGGAAGAACUACCUCAUUCCUGCAGGUGCGACUGUUAUUGGCAACCAUUGGGCUAUCGCAAACGAUCCUGAAGUCUUCCCCGAUCCACACAAGUUCGAUCCUCAGCGUUGGAUUGACGAUGCAGGUCGUGUGCGCGAUGAUCUCCGGUUUUUCACUUUUGGCUUUGGCCGUCGAGUGUGUCCCGGUCAACACAUCGCGAAUCGGUCGAUCUUCAUCAAUACGGCUCUCAUUAUGUGGGCUUUCCGCCUUUCGGAGAAUCCUGCAGCGAAGAUCAACACGCUUGCAUUCUCGGACACUUCGAACAUACAAGCUGCUCCGUUUGAGAUAUGCUUUGCGAAGAGGGUCGACGAGAAGGUAAUCAGGGAACUAUGCGCACCGGGCGAAUAAAAGGUGUUUAUUGAAUUUUUGUGCAAAGGAGUUCGUCUUGCGUUUUUUCGUUGUCUAUCCGACAGAUUUUUUUUAUCCUUGAUUAUUGUCCUUUGGGGCCGGGCCCUAUGAUGGACAUUACCUACACCUAUGUUCUUUUGUUCGUUCACUAUGUAAUCUGUGUCAGUCUUUUGCAAUGGUUCUGGCGCGAGCGAGAACAGUUCGGCCUUUUUCAGGCGUUGGGUUAUUGGUGGGUCUUCCUCUGGGGGCGAUACGUCUCCGAAAAUGCUCUCCAACCGCUUCGUUCUUGAGUACGGCUCUCAUG